UACGCUGCCAUGCAGAUCGCGACGUUAUUUCGAUUUUAGGAGUUUGAGUUAAAGGUUUAGUUUUACAUUUCGUUAGUACUUUGAAUGACAAAGUAUAUAUUUCGAGGAUCCAAGAUAUUAGUCAAUUCAAGGUAUAACUAACCUGAGAUAUCGUGAGAAAACAAAGAAAUUCUACACUUCUCCGAAAUAAAUUGAAAAUAAUAUUAGCAAUUUAAGCGAUAGUUAAGAUUUACGAUUAUCUGCUGAAAACGUCUUGUCGAUUACAACGUAUAUCGUCAAGAAAGAUGAUAGUUAACGCGAGAGUGUUUGUGUUGAUCGCACUGAUAACCUACGGCGUAUGCGCUCAUACAGUUGACAUUCGAGAACCUUAUAAAAAAACUAAUGAUAAAAAAUAUGCUGGAUCCAUGCUGGUUGAGAUCGCAAAGGAAUUAGUGCAAAGAUCGACGACCAGCAGUCAGGUGCUGACUUUAAAUCUCUCGAAUUUGCUAUUACUUUUGGUGCUUAAAGCAGUUGUGUUUGGUGCUGGCUACAUAGGACAUGGUUACAAAGGACGCGAAUUAGAAGAUGAAAAUAUUGUAUCAGAGGGUGAGCUUGCAUUAGCGCUUGGGUAUCUGAUCGGUGAUACUUGUUUGUACAGAGCAGCUUGCGAAAAGCCACAUAUUGCGAGAGAAUAUCUCGGCGCAGCAGAAAUGCUUUUGCAAACAAUGAAGUUGAUGCCGCAAAGCUUACCUGCAGAAUCCAAUUAUGAAAAGACGAUCGCAGAGUUCCGGAAGGCGAUUGAGUACGGCAAUAUCGAGCAAUGUCCACCAGAGUACAGCUGCAAAAAAGAGAAUUUAAAUAAUUUCUUACAAAGUGAAAAACGAUAA